AUUCAUUUCUCGUCAUCUCUCAUUCUUUCUUCUCCAUGCCCACCUCCAUGUACGACCACGAGCCAGACGAGCUCAGCGCCAUCCUCGACGUCCCCUCCGCCCACCUACACCCCCACCACGACCUCUUAGCCACAGACUUGAACAAUCCCUUUGCCGCCGACCAGCUUCUCUUCAACCCCUCCUCCCACCGCGCCUCCCUCUCAUCCCAGGAAGGUGAUUCGUCAUUCCUACUGUCCCCCGCCGGCCCCCACUCCAGCUCCUCCCUCUCCCCAAGGCUGUCCCUCUCACCGUCUACCGGCGAGCCUUCGAUCCGCCCCUCUUCUCUCUCUUCGUACGCCCACUCUCACGCCUCUGCGCUCUCGCCCAACAGAAGCUAUGGCACUGCUUCACCAAGCUUUGAUGCCAUGAGCGGGAGCGAGCUGGAUCUGUUCCUCCUCCCCGAGCUGGGUCUCAAUUCCGAUGCCAGCUCAACCUUGGACUUGCCGCAACAUAACGAAAAGGCGGGCCACUCCCUCUACCUGCCUGGGAGACAGGAAGGAGCCAUGAACGAUGACUGGAUACAGGACUUGUUCAAGGAUCCCACGUUCAACCUGGGACAGCAGCCUCAGCAGCCCAUUGGACCUGUGCCCAGGACUGAAGCGCCGUCGGGCAGCCAGAACAUUCAUUUGCAACAGCACCAGCAUGUUGGGCAGACUAUCCAGCCGCAUCAGAUGGGGCAGCUGGGGGAAACCCAACAAGGAUGGCCAGGGACGAAUGGUGGUGUGCAGCUCAGUAAGGCUCAUAUAUUCUGGUCCGGACUAUACUGACACUCGAGAAGACGUGCGGUACCAAGCUCCUCAGCCUCAAUCCCAUCCUCAACCCCACGUUCAGACUUCCAAGCCACGGGCCGCUCCUGUUCGCCGAACGCCUUCGGCCAAAGCCUCAGACAGCUCUGCCCCCGCCCCCACUGUCGGCAAACAUAACAAAACCGAGCGUCGCUACCGUCAAAAGGUCCAGGCUGCUCAAGCCGACCUGCGCGAUGCCAUCCCUGCCCUUCGUGUUUUAUACGGCACCUCUACGCCGGAGCAAGCGGCCACGAUUGAUAUCAAGGCCGCUGAUGGUACCGUGGAUGGGCUCGGGGAGGUGACGAGGCCCAAUGCGAGUGCAAAAGCGACGAUCUUGACCGGGGCGAGAAUGUACAUUGAGCUCCUUCAGAGGCGAAGCGCAAAAUUGCAGAGGAUGACGGAUGAACUUCAGGACUUCAGGAAGACUGUUGAGGGGGAAGCAGGCUUUGGUGCUUGGAAAAGCCAGUUCGAUGCCAAAGAGGCAGAAAUCGAACGGUACGAGGCCGAGCAGUUGGCGAUCAGGAUCGCACGGGAAGAAGAAGAAGAGAGUGAUGAAGACGGCGGCGAAGAGGCAGAUCAAGAGCCAUCGAAGAAGAGAAAGAGGGCCGCUCCAGCCCCCAAGAAGCCCAGAGCUCCAGCAAAAUCAAAAGUGCAAGCCACAGCUGCUGCUGGCGCCCGGGUAUUUGCCGCCUUUGCUCUCUCAUUCUCAUUCGCCCCCCCCGCCUCUACCAUCCUUCAUCCUGUUCCGCAGUCAUCUACCUCUCAGCUGCUGGGACCCCUGACCAAGCGCCAGGUCCUCUCACGUGUACCCAUUUUGACCGCCGAACAUACUUCUCGCCUUCUCGCACGAGCUCUACCGAGUACAAUCACGCCGGGUCCCGAAGCGUUGGUGGAAUGGACAUGGAAGUUGCUCAUCGCCGCUCUUCUUGCCGUUCUUAUGCGCUCGGUGAUCUCCAGGUGGUCUACCCAGGACAAGCGUCCUACCACACCGGGGAGUCUCAGGGGUGUGGUUCAGGAUCUUGUCGAAUUUGCAACGGACAAGAACGAGGGUCGUGAUGAAGAUGAUUGGGAGCACCUUGCUGCUGCGAUCGUGGGAAACUCAGCACCCCUGCCAACAGCAGUCAAGUGGCAUACCAUCCUCCACCUCAAUAUGACCGCUUCUCAACCCUACACUCUCGCUUUACUCGCUCUUCUCCAGCCUGAGGUUGUUCUUCUCCGCUCUCCUGCAAGCAUCUGGGCUUCUGCUCAGUCCCUUGUGGAUAGCACUACCCCAGCAGCAUUGGUUACUGUACUGCAGCUGCCCCUCCACGAGGUUCAAAAGUGCUUGACGGCAGUGUCCCCAACAUCUGCUCCUCUACCUGCUUUGGCUGAGCAGAUCACUCUCACUCACAUACACGACCUCUACACCCGCUUCUUCAUCGACAUCGUGGACGCCUCUCUCCCCCCGUCCGCCUCUCCAUCCACGCUCCGCACUCUCCUUGAAGACCUCGAGGCUUACGGGCUUGGUACCCAUCUGCAAACGUCAAACUUUGACAAGGAGAUCCGUGCCACCAUCUCUGGCGUCCAAAAGGGAAGUGCGGCCCAUGCGCUCGGAUUGGUAUUGAUUGGGCUUUGGGGCGUAUUUGUGAGGCAAAGGCCCGAGGGACAGGCGUCGUUGGCGGCUUCCUUGGCGGGACUCCAAGUUUCCGGGGGUGUACGGGGCUUGGAGAGCGUCGGCGCUCUUCUCGAGCUUCUCUAUCCCGGGUGUUCAGUAUUUGCUCCAGCUCCUUUUCACGAGCAAAACCUUUCCAAGACCGCCAAAAGAGUCGAUCAUCUCGCCCUCUCCAUUAUCGAGUACAUCUCUCUCCUCCUUUCCAAUCCUUCCUCUUCCGCAUCUGUAUCUGCCGAAAAUAAGCCUAGAGGAAAUAGGAAGGAGGAAAGCAUGGAUGUGCAGAAAAGGGUCGUCAGCCUGAGAGGCAUUUUGAACAAGACCGGCUGGGUCGAGAUCGAAUCCUCUUGGGACGACGACGACUCUGACGAUGAGCAAGCUUCCGCUGCUCCUACACAGGAAGGACAGAGUCACCUUGAGACGGAGAGGACAAAGUAUGAGCGGGCGAAAGAGAGGCUGGUAGACGUCUUGGCGAAGAUUGGGCGACGGGCUGCAGGAAGAGCGAGGGGCCGGGAUGAAGAUUCUGGACUGGAAGGGGACUUGGAUGAAUUAUAGAAGUGUUUCAGUAGUUUCAUUGGCAGCGGCGCGGACUAUGAUUGUGUUAGUUUUUGUUGUUUAGAUCCUCAUGUGUUUAUAUGCGAUGUAUGGGAAUGUGCAUUGAUAAGACGGAAAAGUGCAAUCGUCAAGAGAUGUCGCAAACAUGGUUUCAUUUCGUCAAGCAAUAUGUCUUUUGAGUCAUUAUGCGUUCCAUCCGCUCUCAAAUCCUCGUGUUCUUAUGCCCGAUUACUGCCUCAAUUCUACUUCCCUUCAUUGACUG